AUGUAUAUUGUUGUAGGUAAAGAAGUUUCUGUGAUUAAUGGGAGUUUGCUGAAUUUCGAGAGUCUCAACAAGUCCUACCUGAUUCUUUUCCAAGAAAGAAAUGAUCCUUCCAAAGUAUACCCAUUAUUGAUAGAAAUAAUUGACGUACCCGAACCCUCAGAUUUCAAGCUGGAAAAGACAACAGAUAAUGGCUGCUGUAAUGACGUCAGAAGAUUGUUGUGGAUGGUGCCCGUUUCCUCUGCAUUAGAGUUUAUCUUGAUAAUGCUUGGAAUCACAAUUUUAUUUUGCUGUGUACCAAAGAAAGGAAAACAAACAAUAGUAAAACCAUUUGGAAAGUAAGGAGAAUGUGAAGACAUACCAUGUCCACUUUUUUUCUGAA